AUGGCGAAAGAUCCUCCAUCUGUGAUGAAUUUCAACAACAAUAACAAGAAACUUAUCACUAUUCUUAGCUUGGAUGGUGGUGGAGUCCGAGGCCUUAUUCCUGCUGUUAUUCUUUCGUUUCUCGAGCAACAACUUCAAAACUUGGAUGGCAAGGAUGCAAGAAUAGCAGAUUACUUUGAUGUGAUUGCUGGAUCAAGCACAGGAGGUCUUGUAAGUGCAAUGUUAACUGCACCAAAUCAGAAUAAUCGUCCUCUCUAUGCUGCCAAGGAUAUUGUUCCUUUUUACUUGGAGCACUCUCCCAAGAUUUUUCCACAGACAAGGUAUAUUUUUGCUCAAAUAUUUAGGCCUAAAUACGAUGGAAAUUAUCUGCACAAUUUGUUGAAGGAAGGUUUUAAAGUUACAAAACUCCAUCAAACACUAACUAAUCUGGUCAUUCCAGCUUUUGAUAUUAAGUUGCUCCAACCAGUUAUAUUCUCUUCAUUUAAGAUUGCAACUCAACCUUCUCUAAAUGCAAAGCUAUCAGAUAUAUGCAUUGGUGGAUCGGCUGCCCCAACAUAUUUUCCUUCCUAUCAUUUUCAAAAUACAUUUGGAGAUGAAAACAUCAGAGAAUUUGAUCUCAUUGAUAGUGGAAUUGUGAAUAAUAAUCCGACUUUAUUAGCUAUGAUGGAAGUAAGCAAGGAACUAAUAGUGCAAAAUCCAGCUCCUCAUCACAUGCAUGAUGAAAGGUUAUUUGUUAUUUCAAUAGGGAGUGGAUCAGCUAAGAAUGAGCAUAAAUAUAAUGCUAACAUGACUGCAAAUUGGGGGCCUCUUUCUUGGAUUCUUUACAAUGGAUCAUCUCCUAUAAUUGAUUGUCUCUUUGAAUCUGGAGCUGAUAUGGUUGAUCUCCAUAAUAAUGUUCUUUUCCAGGCAAUUCAAAUCCAAGAUAACUAUCUUCGUAUUCAAGUAAGCGCUAUGCAUAUAGUAUUAUACGUUCUAAAAUGA